AUGAGUUUUGCCAUCUACGACCUCGACGAGGACAUUCGUCGCCACCUUUCCCUUGAUAACUUUCUAGAUGGGCUCUCUGUGCAUGAGUUUGUGGAGGAAUUGAGCAAAGAUCAUAUCCUCAAAGGUGCCGAGGUCAAGAACCUCGAGUACUUGGACCCCAAGCCAUAUAUUCGUACAUUUGAGUCGACGCUUCGUCAUUUGAAGCAUCUCUCUGGGGAGGCCAAUAAACAGCUCGAGGAGACCGAGAAAGACGUGGACGAGUUCGAAUUGCGUCAUAGUGAACAGGUGCUUAAGUUGUCUGGCCAGGUGGAGAACAUUGUUUCUCUGUUUGACGAUCUUGAUACACAGAUAUCGCAUAUUUCGGAUGUGAUUGACCCAUUGAACCAGAAAUUGAACAGAAUCACCAAUUCUAGAGAUAGGUCGGUCGAGACAAUCUUCUUGAUUCGCUCGUACCAUGGGUUUUAUACGAAAGAGAAGUACGACCCGCUCGAGAAGCUACGUACUGCCAAGGAUACAGAGCUGAAGAUGAAAUGUGCCAGGACAGUUAAAAAUUUGCUUACAUUGGCGAAGAAAAUCGACUCGAUGACGGGGAAUAUUCCAAAGGUGACUAAGUGCGUUACCACAAUUGAAAAAUACUCGGAGCUUCUCGAACGAGGACUCGUGGAGCGUUACGAGUUCGCUAGCGAAGAUAGCGAUUACGAUGAAAUGAGAGAAAUCGCGUCUAUCAUGUUCGAAUUCAACGGCGGUGCUAGUGUGGUGCUGGCAUUCAUGAAUAAAAGUGACAUUUUCCAAGAAGCAGACAAGUCGGAGGAAGAAGACGAAGGUUCGUCUCUUUUGGAUGACGAAGCUAUCUGGACGAAGCUUGCAGACCCCAACUUCCAAGUCCAUCGUCUUUUUGAUGAUGAAGAAACACAGAUUCUUCUCGAUAGGCUUAAGGUAUCUAUUCGUGGCCAGCUGAGAGUCAUCCAGCAAGUUUUCGAGAAGCCAGUGCCUGUUUUGAAAAUGCUUCUUCAGCGUGUUUACGCUCAAAUGAUUAACAAUAAAGUGUCUACACUUUUGCUGUAUUCGCUGCCUCAUGGGCCUUUGGUCCAUGUUCGUCUCCUACAUGCCUUAUACGUGCUAGUAGGUGACUUCACCAAAGAAAUGAAGGAAUAUUUCGCUCUUAACGAAUAUGAUGAAAACAACGAACUCGCUGUCACUUUGGACCAAUGUUACUACGAUUUGUUCAUUGACUAUCUUUCUGAUGAUACUUACUUCCGCAUGGAGAAGGACAUGUUGGAACGGUCCAUCUUCUUCCUCGCUACCAAGUACACUGAGUUCAACGAAAAGGCUAUUACGAAACGUGCUCUUGAAGAUGCGCUUCAGGAAUGGGAGGCACAAAACAACUCGAAUGCCAAUACUGGCCUAAUAUCCAGUGAUCCUGCGGCAGGCGAAAGGCAUAUUUUCCAUUUCAUCAAGCGUAAGAGACUCAGCAAAUUCAAAGAUUUCAUGAAGAUGCAUUUGCCUGAGAGACCUCUACUGACGAGGGAGUCUGCUGAUGUGGCUCAAAGGAAAACCGAAUAUAUGGAGUUUGGCGAGAUCAACAUCACCAAGGUCCAGAUGGUCAUCAAGUUAGCCAUUGAGGCUAUUGCCAGAAUCCUAGAGCUCGCCCCUCUUAAGUCAGCAGAGUACUCUCUCGAUGUUCUUGAGAUCCUCUUGUUGGAUUUUGGUGGACUUUACAUUGGCGGUGGCCUCGAAGUUGCAUUUGACAGAGCCAAGUUUGAACUUUCUGUGGCAUCUCUGAAGGCUGAAUGCGAGCUUGACUUCAUGAAGACAUUCAACUUGACCACAGAGGUCUUAAGACUCUUAUCAGCAUGCAUAAAGAAGAUCAUUCUUCCCUGCGCUGUGAACAGUCCUGCUAUCAGAAACAGAAUGAUUAGUUUGACAAACAACUAUGUCGCCCGGUGCGAGAAGAGUUUGAACUUAAUCUUAGCAGCUACUGUUGAACUUGUCACAGAAAAGCUUAGUGGCAUUUUGCAAAAGCAGAAGAAGAAGGACUUUGUUUGCGACGAUGCCAGCAUGAGUAACAAGGUCUACACUGAGGUGUGUGAAGAGGUUACCAGUCUAUUGGACAAUGUUCACGCGUACCUUGCAAUGCAUUUGAAUAACGAGAACUUGAACGAUGUGUUGGUCAAGAUCGGUAUGAUCACUUUGGAGCUCUUGCUUGAUCAUUUCAAGAAGUUCCAGGUCAACCUGAAUGGCGGUCUUGUUUUGACACAAGAUGUGAUCAAUUAUCAAUCCGUUAUUGACACUUGGGAGAUUCCAGAGCUUACUGAAAACUUCCAGAUACUUAAGGAGAUCAGUAACUUGUUUACUGUGCAGCCUAACUUGAUCAACUCCUUGAUCACAGAAGGACAUUUGGCUAAGUUGAAGAUCUACACUGUCAGACAGUACAUUUCGAAGAGAACAGACUUCUCUCCAAACUACCUCGAACGUUUCUUUGGACGCAAAUAA